AUGACCGAACAAAACCAGCUUAAGAAACAAAAAACGAUGGACCAGCCGCCAAGACCUCAAAACAUUGGUAUCAAGGGUAUCGAAGUAUACAUUCCCUCUCAGUGCGUCAACCAAGGCGAUCUCGAGAAAUUUGAUGGUGUUUCGCAAGGCAAAUACACCAUUGGUCUGGGCCAAACCAAUAUGUCUUUUGUCAACGACAGAGAAGACAUUUACUCUAUGAGUUUGACUGCUUUGUCCAGACUCUUGAAAAACUAUAACAUUGACACCAAUUCUAUCGGAAGAGUUGAAGUUGGCACUGAAACCUUGCUCGACAAAUCUAAGUCGGUCAAAUCGGUGCUAAUGCAACUUUUCGGUGACAACACUGACGUGGAAGGUAUCGACACCGUCAACGCUUGUUAUGGUGCAACCAACGCCCUUUUCAACAGUUUAUCCUGGAUCGAAUCCUCUGCAUGGGACGGCCGCGAUGCUAUUGUUGUUUGUGGUGAUAUUGCUAUCUACGACAAAGGCGCCGCUAGACCAACCGGUGGUGCUGGUACUGUUGCCUUAUUAAUUGGCCCAGAUGCUCCUAUCGUAUUUGACUCCGUCAGAGGAACCCACAUGGAACACGUUUACGAUUUCUACAAGCCUGAUUUUACAAGUGAAUACCCUUACGUGGAUGGCCAUUUCUCUUUGAGCUGUUACGUGAGCGCUUUGGACAAAAGUUACAAGUCUUACUCCAAAAAAGCUAUUGCCAAGGGUCUUGUUAAAGAUCCUGCCGGCCCCGAAGCUGUUAAUGCAGCCAAGUUUUUCGAUUAUAACGUUUUCCACGUCCCAACUUGUAAAUUAGUUACCAAGUCUUAUGCCAGAUUACUCUACAACGACUUUAGGGCGAACCCAGCGCUUUACCCAGAAGUUGACGUUUCACUUGCUCAAAUGGACUACAAUGCCAGUUUGACUGACAAGACCGUCGAAAAGACUUUUGUUGGUGUUGCCAAGGCUUUGCAAAAGGAAAGAGUAGACCCCUCUUUGGUAGUCCCUACCAAUACCGGUAACAUGUACACUGGGUCCGUUUAUGCUGCUCUAGCCUCUUUGCUGUUCUUUGUCGGAUCAGAUGCCUUGCAAGACAAGAGAGUUGGUCUAUACUCCUACGGUUCCGGUUUGGCCGCCUCCAUCUUCUCAUGUCGCGUAGUUGGUGACAUUAAGUACAUGACAGAUGUGCUGAAUAUUGAUAAGAAGCUACAAUCGAGAGUCACAGAGACUCCCGAAGGCUACGAGGCUGCAAUUAAGCUAAGAGAAGACGCUCACCUCCAAAAAGGAUUCCAGCCUAAGGGUUCCAUCGAUCACUUGCAGUCCGGUGUUUACUACUUGACCAACGUCGAUGACAGAUUCAGAAGAGAAUAUGCCGUGACCCCAUAA